AUGGCCAGCCUCCGAAAUAUCAUGAAUGUCGAUGACGAUCAUGCCGACUCUCUUUCCUUAAAGAAGCCAAAGGAGUCGGUCCCGAGGUUCCCUCAGCAUCCCGAGUCAGCACCCUCCACGGCAAGCUAUGCCAGUCGACAAGACCUCUCCAUCUCGUCGCCAUCACCAUCAUCUUCAGCUCGCGCCCAGAGACAGUCGUCGUCCUCACGCCUUGCCGUCGAAGCCCCGGCCUCUCCGUUUCCUCUAGGCCACGCUUCCGACAACGCUGCCCCCGGUAGGCACCAGAGCGUCACCAGCACCGACUCAAUGGAUUCUUCAUAUGGACAGAGCUUUGCUCCAGCCUACACGCACGGGCACCCGGGUGCGCAGUAUUCUGGCGCCCCCGUGAGGCCCUUUGUUCCCACCGGGGACGCGCCCGUCAAGCUGACUCCCAUCACCGGGAGGGUAAGCCGGGCCAAGAAGGGUCUGGCCGUCCACAUCUGUGAGCUGUGUCGGCCGCCGAAGACAUUCACUAGGGCCGAGCACUUGAGGCGUCACCAGCUAAGUCAUCAACCACCAGACCUGCGGUGUCAGGUUCCCGGCUGCGACAAGGUGUUCCAUCGCAAAGACCUGCUUGAACGCCAUCAGCAGAGGCACAGUGACCAAGACGAAAGACAUGCCCCAGAUGCGCGGCGCCGCUCCUCGAGCCGCUCGAAUGGCCCGACAAGUCCCUUGCAGGGCAACUACAGUGGGCAACAAUCGGGUUCUCCGCUGCAGAUGCCACCGACUUACAACAGCCCGCCUCCGGUCUCGAGUCCGACAAGCGGUGUAUCCACACGUGGGAUCCCCAUGGCCCCGGGGCCGUGGUCGUCUCCGAGCAACUCGACGCCUCGCUUGCGCGAUACCCAAGACUUCACCAUGGGAGGGGUCAAGACCGAGUACCCCAUGGAGUCACUGUCAAACCUCGAGUCCAUACCGUUCAGAGUCUCGUCUGCCUUUUCUGGGUCUCGCUCCGGGCAUGGUCUGGGGUUGAUGGACGUUCCAGGUCUCUGCAUGCCGGCUGUCGGCCCGGAGCCCUUGGCUGUUUCCUGGACAGAGAGCUCCGGCCUGGUUUCAUCAGGUUCUGGCAGCAAUUACUCGACGCCGCCGCCAUCGGACGCCUCUCACGGGCAUCACUCCGUGCUGCGCUCCUCAAGUGCCGAGUGGGCUGGACCACUCGGGCCGCAACUUGUGGCGAGGGAUAUGCAAAGCCCGGGCAUCGGCGCCGGUGACUACCCUCCCCCUUUUGGGUACGGCACCUCCCCACCCCAAGUUUACCCGUCCAUCUACGGGGAAGCAAACAACUUGGCGUUCUCCGGAUACGAGGACAGCCUAUACAGCUCUCCCGUUCCAAGCACCACGGCCCGUAGCCUCUCCCCGCAAAUGGCCGUGGGCCAAUGUUCUGAGACGUUGAUCACAGCCCCGUCGGCGCUCCCGGCAGACCGAAUGGUCAAUUCCAGCGCAUGCGACCUCCAGCCGGAGACGGCAUUUGGACUUUUGACGGCCCAAGACUUUAUGCCCGUGUCGUUGAGCCGAGAAGCGCUCAGCGUCAUGCCAGCCUAUCUCGACCUGUACUGGGACAAGGUUCAUCCGAAUUACCCCAUCAUCCAUAGGGCCACGUUUGAGGAUGCCUCAGGAGUGGAUGCGGAGCAUCUCGACGUACUUCGGUGUGCCAUGGCCGCCGUGGCCACUCAAUUCCUGGGACAUAGGGACAACCGGAUCAAUGGCAGCCAGUUGCACGCGUAUGCGUGGCAAGUGUCCAAGGCGUCUGCAACCUGGUCUCUGCCCAUCAUGCAGGCGGUUCUGCUGUGCGAGUACUAUGCGCGAUUCAGAGGACGAAGCAAGGAGGCUUACCGCCCUUCACUUCGAUUUAAUACGUUGUGUCAAAUGGUCGCUAGCCAGCACAUCUGGGAAGCGAGUCCGGCCAGCAGCACCGACACGCAGAGAUGGAGGGAGUGGGUACGCCUGGAGUCGUGUCGAAGACUCCUCGCGGCUUGCUUCCUCCUGAGCGUUCACGGCAACUGGUAUUACGAACAGCCCUUCACCGCCGAUCUUGGCCUGGACAACUUCUCACCCAUGAUGCUGUCGAUUCCGUUGUCGGCCAACUCGACACAAGCCUGGGAGGCAGAGAGUGUCGAGCUCUGGGCCGCCUUUGACGUCGCAGCGAUUAGAGUACAAACCGUGGGCGACAUGCUGCAGCAGAAGCAGACCCUGACACCGUCCAGCAUAGAAUCUAUGCCGUCCUUCGAUGCGUCACUCCUCCUUGCAGCGCAUGCUCUUCAACUGCCUCGAAGGCGGAAACACACGGAAGUGGACGUACUGGAAGAUGCCUCGAGCAUCAAGACGGACACCUUGUCCAUUGUGAGGCUUUUCCCUCGCUCUCCGGGAGCCUACGUCUACCUGGCGCUUCACUACACGCCACUGCAUUGGCUGCUGUCCGUCUCGGGCGACAGCUGGGUGUUUAACAAGAAAGUCCCCCAGGCCAGAUCCUUCAUGGAGCACCAGAGAAAACUGGACAAGUGGCGCAACUCGGGCAGCGCGGCCGUCGCCACCCUGUAUGCUGCCAAGGCCCUGAAGAUCUUUCUUUCCCUGGAAUCGAGCACGCUGGGGAACCAUCAGGCGCGUCUGCCCGGCCAGUUCAGGACCCUCCCGUGGAGGGACAUUUCGGACUUCUGGGGCCUCUACGUUUGCUCGCUCAUCUGCUGGGCCUUUGGGCACGUGGGGAAGCCCAACGCAAACAAGUCUUCGCGCGCCGCGGCCGCGCAAUGGAUCGCCAAGGUGGCAGAGCUGCAGCCCGGUCCGCUCCAGGCCCUGGCCGGACGGGAGGACUCGCAGGGGGUAGUUGGGCUGGUGCGCGACGUCCUGGAGAGAGACUGCCUGGGUGGGCGGAGCAUCUUGUACGCCGAUGCAGUGGGCGUGUUGCGCAAGCUGGAAGAGGGGGACAACUGGAAAAGGUUCUAG